UUUCAGACCUAUAUCUACUCAGCAAUUUUCCAGGGUUUUCAAUUUGUAGUUCUCUGCGCAGCAGCCCUCGACUCUCUUGAAGAAGCUAGAGCUAAUCAUGGGUCACUCCAACGUUUGGAAUUCUCACCCCAAGAACUACGGGCCUGGUUCUCGUACUUGCCGGGUAUGUGGGAACCCACAUGGGUUGAUCAGGAAGUAUGGGCUCAUGUGCUGCAGACAGUGCUUCCGAAGCAAUGCCAAGGAAAUUGGAUUCAUUAAGUACCGCUAAAGGAUUUAAAAUGUCUUACCAAGAACAGUGGUGACUUUUGCUGGAGUAGUUGAUAGUAAUUUUGGGGCAAGUAUUGUGCCAGUUGUGGUUUAAAAUAUUGAGGAACGCUAAGAUGAGCUUAUGUUUUUGAUUGAUUUGAAGUGAUUGUUGAACUAAGAACAUUUACGACUCUUUAACUCGAAAAAGUUACCCAUUUUUUAUGUUACAA